AUGGUGGCGCUGCAGUUGAAUCUGCGACUGAUGGCAACUGCAGGUGGAUCUGCGAUUAGUUUUCGGGGGUGCAUCGGCGGCGCACUUGGAAGUGCGGUAUCAGUUUCAUCAAUGGAAGUUGGUGUAGUCCCAGAAUCAACAAUAAGUGACAUAUCAGUGUCCUAUUCAAAGUCACCAAUAGGGACAAGUGACCUAUUUCCUCCCCUUCCCAUGCCUUCACAUCUUACACCAAUUGACAGAGAGGCCAGAGUCCUAAGAUAUAGGGAGAAAAAGAAGACAAGAAAGUUUGAAAAGAAGAUAAGGUAUGCCUCAAGGAAGGCUUAUGCAGAAACCAGACCACGCAUCAAGGGUAGAUUUGCAAAGAGAACUGAUGUGGAAGCUGAAGUGGAUCAAAUGCUCUCCACAACACUAUUCAAUGAAGUUGGAGGAACCUUUUUUCCAUCUUUCUAG